CUUGUGUCUAAACCGUGAAACAAAAACAAAAGAAAAUCGUGCAACACAAUGCGCUUUUCGAUUUGUGUUCUUUUCUUCGUCAUCAGCUUGACGCUAUUAGAGGCCGUGCCAUCCCCUCAGCUAACAACAAUUAAGAGGCAACCAUGGAAACCUAAAGCUAUUCGUGAAAAGGAAGCUGCCAAAGCGGCGGAGGAGGCAGCCAGAGCAGCGGAGGAGGAGGCCAGAAAGGCGGAAGAGGCUGCCAGAGCAGCGGAGGAAGCCACUGAAGUUCCAGAACAGACAACUGAAAUUAUAGAACAAACCACCAGUCUUGAAGAAGAGACCCUCCUAACGACAGAACAAGUUGUUCCAGUUGAAACUACAACGCUGGUAAUAGAGACUACCACAAUACCUGAUGAAACUUCAGGUGAAGAUGUAACCCAAGCUUUGCUUACAACCGUGACUGACAAUCCAUCACCUGUCACGAACGAAGUGCAGCUUGAAAUAUCUACUCUGCCUGUUCCUAUAGAGAUGCAAGAUAACCUGGUGACUAACUUGACACCAAACAAACGAAGAAUCGUUACGAGCAGGAAAUUAACUAAAUUCACGUUCUCUGCUAAAGGACGGACGCCUGCGUUAACGAAGAAAGGUGUGCAGAGUGCAGAGGCAGCCUCUUGUCGUUUAUCGUUACGUGGGGUACCUUGCAACUGUCGUUUCGAAGGAACUUGUCGUUGCGAUUGUGGUAGAAGAUCUAACAACCAAUCAACAGGUGCAACCCGUAGUUUGUCAUUGGCCAACUGAAACCCGUUUGAAUUUUUGCCAUUAAUGCAUCAUCCCGAUUAACUCUCUUUAUUGUAUUUUCUUAUUCGUUCUGAGAUUCUAUUACGCAAUUUUCUAUGAUGGUGGGUUUUAUCAUUUGUUAGGGCAUUGUCUUCAGUCUUUGUGUACAAUUACAUCAACAUAUAUAAUA